AUGCGGCUUUUACAGUUCCGUGAUGGCACUUUCAGCCUUGUGGAGCGGCUGGGAAGAGAUAUCCCGCCAUAUGCGAUACUCUCGCAUACGUGGGGAAAUGAUGGCGACGAGGUAACUUUCGAAGACCUCAUCAAAGGCAUAGGCAAAUCGAAACCGGGAUAUCGUAAACUGGCCUUCUGCGCGGGCCAGGCUGAGAAGGAUGACCUGCCCUUCUUCUGGGUGGACACCUGUUGUAUUGACAAGUCGAGCAGCGCAGAGCUUACGGAGGCUAUCAAUUCGAUGUUCAAGUGGUAUCGGGGAGCGGCCAAGUGCUAUGCUUACUUAUCGGAUGUAUCAGCAGCGGAGGCUUCUCGUGAUGAGCAGGCCAUUGGGAAGAGCAGGUGGUUUGCUCGAGGGUGGACGCUACAGGAAUUUAUCGCGCCGAAAGAAGUGGAAUUCUUCUCAAUGGAAUGCAUCAAGUUGGGUGAUAAACAAUCACUCCAGAAGAUCCUUCACGAGAUUACAAAUAUUCCCAUUGACGUGCUCCGAGGCAAAGCUCUAGCAGAAGUCAAUGUUGACGAGCGCAUGUCGUGGUCUCUGAAACGCCAAACAAAACGAGAGGAAGAUGCUGCAUACUCUUUGUUGGGAAUAUUCGACGUCUUCAUGCCAUUGAUCUAUGGGGAGGGGCGCGACAAUGCUUUCAAGCGACUCCGUCGAGAGAUCAAGGGGGCAUCAACUAAUGAUGGACCUUCUGUGGUGCCGAGUUCUAGCGUGCCGUUCCGACGUGAUCGGGAAUUCGUCGAUCGAGCAGCGGUGCUUGACCAAUUGCGAGUCAAGUGUUCGGAGCCAGCAUCGCGCGUUGCCCUUGUCGGUCUGGGUGGUGUUGGAAAAUCUCAAAUUGCCAUCGAGUACUCGUAUCGUGUAAGAGAGGAGUCGCCCGAAACAUGGAUAUUCUGGGUAUAUGCAGGCACACGAGCGCGGUUCGAAGAAGGAUAUCGACAAAUCGCGGAGUUGACUUCGAUGAAAGGAUGGGACGACCCCAAGUCUGACAUUCUGCGGCUCGUUCGCAAAUGGCUGCGGCAUGAGUUGAACGAACGCUGGUUGAUGAUCAUCGACAACGCCGAUGAUGAGGAAGUCUUCAUGCACCACGAGACGAUGCCAGAUGGUACAUUCGAUGCAACGAAUUUAGAAGAACCACUCUCGGAUUUCCUUCCUCAGUCGCCGAACGGCUCAGUUCUGGUAACAUCGCGGAACCGUGCUGUCGCACAUCGGCUAGUUGGAGGCAACAGUUCCAUCAUUGAUGUUCAUCCCAUGGACAAAGAGCAGUCCUUGGAUUUACUGCACAGCAAGCUUGAUUUGAACGAUAGCGAAAAGGUGGAUGAAACGGACGCCGCGAAAUUGGUGGAAACACUUGAAUACAUGCCGUUAGCUAUUACGCAGGCAGCGGCGUUUAUCGCACUAAGGAAACCGCGAAUGACCGUUCAAAAGUACACAGAGAGACUCAUCCGCAGUGAUGAAGAGCGGGCACGGCUCCUGCAAGAAGAUGUCGGCGAUACUCGUCGAGACGGUCGUGUAUCGAAUUCGAUCAUGACAAUCUGGCAAAUCUCGUUCGAAUACAUUCAGAAGCAUCAGCCGUCGGCUGCAAGACUAUUGUCGUUGAUGAGCCUAUUUGAUCGACAAGGAAUUCCAGAGUGGCUCUUGCUUAUACAUUAUCGGCGUACAUGCGAUAUCCAAGAAGACGAGACAGACGAGGAAUUGUGGAAGGCCACAUUUGAAGAAGACAUUCACAUACUAUCGACCUUCUCCCUAGUUCAUGCUAACGCAGCUGGGAGCGAAUUCGAGAUGCACCGACUGGUUCAAUUAUCCAUGAAGAAAUGGCUGGAGAUAAACCAUGAAUUGGAGUUCUGGUAUGCUACAUAUAUCUAUCUUAUGAACGAAAACUAUCCCAGUAGCGAAUACGAGAACUGGCCAACAUGCCGCGCCUUGUUUCCGCAUGCUCAAGUUCUGGUCAACGACUGCCCGGAGCAGACUGAGGUCCUCCUGUUAUGGAUGUCAAUUCUAUACAAGGCAAUUGGGUAUGCAAUGGCGAGAGGCCAAUACACCGUCGCCCAAAACAUCAAUGAGCGCGCUCUUGAAGUAGGAAAAACCAACUUGGGGGAAACUCACCGUAGAACUCUUAUGCACGUUGAGAUUUCGGCCAAUAUUUUAGAUAAUCAAGGCAAGUACGAAGAAGCAAGGGAAAUUUAUCAAAGGGUAAAGACAGAAUAUGAGAAGAUGUAUGGACUGGGCCAUCCAAUUACGCUGCGGAUCAUGAAGGACCUAGCCCUCUUGUCCUUAGAUGCAGGCAAGAUCAAGGAUGCCGAAUUCAUCCUUAGGGCAGCACUAGCCAGGUCAGUAAUGGCACAAGGCCUCGAGCAUCACCAUACGUCAACCAUCAUGACCCAUCUUUCGGCUGUCCUGAUGAGGAUGAGAAGAUUCAAAGAAAGCGAGGCCAUAAACCGAAUAGCGCAGGAACGAUCCGAAAAGGCCUUAGGGCGGGAUCAUCCGGAGACAUUAACGAUCAAUCGCAUCCUCGCACUUGGGUUGUUCGUACAGGGAAGGAUUGCGGAUGGCGUAUCAAUGAUGAGACAGGGGCUGGAUCGGGCUGAGAAGUCGCUAGGCUUCGAUCAUCCAUACACAUUGGGGGUUGUUCACAACUUAUCUGGGCUUCUCGCAACACUAGGCCGCUACGAUGAAGCUCUCGUAUUGUAUGAAAGAGGUUGCGUGGAAUAUCUCAAGGUUCAUGGAAGAGAUCAUCCAUACACCCAGGAAUGCUUGAAAGCCUACUCCAAAAUACUCGCAACAAGACAGGGGAGUGAGCUCGACGUCGAGUUUGAAGCGCGGCAUAGAUUCAGACUUAGACGAAAGCGAUCGGGCAGAAGACUGAUAAAAGUCAGAAGUACUUCCGAGGAAAUUACGGAAAGGCUCAAUACUGUUCUCAGAAUUGCUUGCUACGGAGCGGUUGAAUUUGGAAGCGGAAGCCGUGCGCAAGAGAGCGGACAAUUAGGUGUCAAUGGGAAUUUGUUCUAUGGCAGCGGAUGA